AUGGCUGAUCUUCUCCAUCGCUUUAUGAUGCUUGAUGCGAAGCCCGUUGAAACUCCCAUGGCUGCCUCCACAUCCCUCACUCUUCAUGACGACAGUCCCAUUACUGAUUCUACACGCUUCCGUCAGGUUCUUGGUGCUCUUCAAUAUCUGGUCUACACUCGCCCGGACAUUGCCUACUCUGUCAACAAGCUAUCUCAAUAUAUGCAUGCUCCUAUGGCUCAUCAUUGGCAAUGUGUCAAACGCCUCCUUCGCUAUGUCUCCGACACCCUCUCUUAUGGUAUCUCCAUCCGUCACACAGCUAGUCCCCUUGCCUUGACUGCCUUUGCUGAUUCCGACUGGGUUGGCAAUCGUGAUGAUCGUUCAUCCACCUCGCGCUAUCUAGUCUACUUUGGCUCCACCCUCAUCUCCUGGCGCUCGCAGAAGCAGCGCACCGUGGUCCUCUCCAGCACUGAGGCCGAGUAUCAUGCGAUCGCUCAUGCGACGAUCGAGUUGGAGUGGAUCUAG